ACAGGCUACAAACAAGGCGACAAUAAAAAGCAGGUCAGCAACAUCGGUCAGGGAGAUGAGUGACCCGCAGGGAGCUCAGGACCGUUUACCUUCAAAUAAGUUAUUUUUCAUGUUGAGACCCUGCUGGAGGCGUCUUCAUUCAGCUAACUCCGUUUAUCUCCACGGACACGCAGUAGAGAGCUACACCGGGCUACAAAGACUGACUGCCAGCUUAUCGAUAUGGCAGUUAAUGGGACUAAAGUCGCUAUUGGAUUCAUAGUGGCAGGUGUGCUGAUGGUGCUUUUGGGCACGUUGAUGUGUUUUGUGGUACCAGUAAUCAUCGACGAUCAAGUAGUGAAGAACACAGUGAUCGAUCCCAAGAACGAGGUCUCCUACACCAUGUGGAAAGACAUCCCUGUGCCGUUCUUCAUGUCCGUGUACUUCUUCAAUGUCCUGAACCCUGCUGAGAUCCUGAAAGGAGAGAAGCCCAUGGUGGAACAGAGAGGACCUUAUGUGUACAGAAAACACUGUCAGAAGGACAACAUCACGUUCCAUCCCAACGAUACCGUGUCCUACCUGGAAUACAGACAGUACUACUUUGAGCCCUCCAUGUCUGUCGGGAACGAGUCUGAUGUUGUCACCAUUCCAAACAUGUUGGUGCUGGGCGCAGCAGUGAUGUUGGAAAACUUGCCCUACGUUGUGCGUCUAUUGAUCAGUGCCACCUUUAAAUCUUUCAAAGAGGGCCCCUUCCUGACCAAGACUGUAGGGGAGCUGAUGUGGGGUUAUGACAGCGAACUGGUGGAUUUUCUAAAUCAGUACGUGCCAGGAAUGCUGCCCUCGACAGGGAAGUUUGGCCUCUUCACAGAAUUCAACAAUUCAAACACUGGCCUGUUCACUGUUUUCACUGGAAAAGACAACAUCAGGAAGGUGCAUGAGGUGGACUCCUGGAACGGUCUGACGGAGCUGACGUACUGGAGGACUCCUCAGGCUAACAUGAUCAAUGGAACAGCUGGGCAGAUGUGGCCUCCUUUCAUGACAAAAGAGAGCACGUUACCUUUCUACAGCCCUGACGCCUGCAGAUCUCUGGAGCUGGUUUAUCAGCGUCCUGGAGAGAUGCUGGGCAUCCCUCUGUAUCGAUACGUUGCACCCAAGACCCUGUUUGCCAAUGGGACCGAUUACACUCCCAAUGAAGGCUUCUGCCCCUGCAGACAGUCCGGCCUGCUCAACGUUAGCACAUGUCGCCACAACUCUCCAGUCUUCAUCUCUCAUCCUCACUUCUUUAAUGCUGACCCUGUGCUGCUGGACUACGUGCAGGGUCUUCAUCCCACUGAGGAGCAGCAUGGCCUCUUCAUAGACAUCCACCCACAAACGGGUGUUCCUCUGAACGUCUCCAUCCGCCUGCAGCUCAACCUCUACAUGAAAAAAGUUUCAGGAAUUACAGAAACUGGCAAGAUUUCUGAAGUGGUGAUGCCAAUGAUCUGGUUUGAGGAGAGCGGAUAUAUCGACGGCCCCAUCCUCGAUACGUUCCGCACAAACUUGGUGGUCCUUCCUGCUGCUAUGGAAUGCAUACAGUACACCCUCAUAGGCCUCGGUCUGGCAACCAUACUCAUCGCCGCCUUGGUGUAUCACAGAGUGAAGGCCGUUAAAGCGUUGCUGCUCGAGGCGUUUCAGAAGCAUUGAUUUAGAGUUCAAAGAUGAGCAGAUGCCUCAUUUUUUCAUCUUUCUGACAGACUCGUUUACAGUUAUUGAUCUAAAGUUGAGCGUCUGCGUAUGAACCGGAUUUCUUUCCAAAGCCACGUACACUCUGGAAGUGAUCCGAACCGCAGACCGGAAAAUCUGAAGGAUUUCAAGCAAAUACGGUGAAAUGACAGCUGACGUGAAGUGGGCGGGACCUGUGAUAAACUUACCAAUGAGAAUAAAGAAUACCAUUGAUUGACAAAUGACCUGCUGGUAAAUAGAGGGUCACCUAGGCAACCGGAGCCUGAAUUCAAAUGAAUGAGCGAAUCCCUUCCAGUGUGUACGCGCCUUCAGAUUUUCCACAGACAUGCUGACGGUGUCCCGUGUUAUGGACCAGGUGAAGGACCCCACAUGAUGGAGCGCAGACGUCUUUAGUGGCUGUUUUGUUACCGUGUGUUUUCAUUUGUUACUGAAAACAAUCAGCUGUGGCUCUCUAAGCCUGCUCCCUGCCUAACGUGUAUUUAUUCAUUAAAAGAAUUAAAAUUCUACAGAUUCCUCCUUUUUAACAAAGUUACAGCCGUUCUCUUCAUUUGCUGCAUUUAUAUCAUAUGUUCCAAUGUCUACCUGUUGUUACCAAGUUAAUGAUGAGUCCCUGUCAGUACUUGCUUGAAGGAUGUGAUAAAUAUUUGAAUUUUUCCUGGAAUUUGUUCAUGAGGAAAAAUUCAAAAUGUCAACAGACUUAUUUUCAUUGACACCAUGAUUGACUUUCUCUCCAGGGACUCCUGUUAUAAUGUUGAUGUUUGACCUUUUUCCAUAAAUGAGUCUUCAUGCUCAUCAUUGUUAGAUGGUGUUUUAAUCCUCUGCAUCUGUGGCUGCAGAGGAGUCCAAUCAGUCAUUGCUGCUUCAUGGAAUAAAAUUUAGGUUAAAACGUCCAUUAAAUAUUUAUUUUGUAGGUAGAAAUGGAUUAAUGAAACAGGAUUUACAAACAGUAUUUGAUACUUUCUGAACUAUUUUGGACCCUAAACAUCUUUGAUGUUAAUGGAUCAACAUGAAGUAUUUCAUCACAUAAGCUUUGAUUGAAAUUUUCAGGCUUCAAAAUGUUUCCUGCCCAGUUAUUAUAUGAUGAGCUCAUGUUCUCCUGAU